UUAUUAUCACUUCUAACUACGUACCUAGAUCUCGCUCUGAAAAAUGGCUACUUACUCAUCAUCGCCAUCAUCCCAACUCGAAUCGCUAUCAAUGUUGCCCGAACACCACGUGAAUCCAUCUUUGGCCACCGCCGGUGAUAAAACCAGGCCCAACAAUGGUGAUUGCCCAGGCCCAUAUGGUUGUGCGGCCAUCAUUCUCCUCUUUAUCCUCUUACCCGGUAUUCCCCUUACUGUCGUAACGCUUCAAGGCUUGCGACCCUAUGCCCCGAGAGCCGACGUCGUUUCCGCCUUCGUGUCAGUUCGCAAUGGGACCACCAGUGAUCGGUUGACUGCCAACUGGGCAAUCACUCUUCAGCUCGACUCUAGCCAAGCGUAUCCACACCGAGUCGUGGCUUUGGUUUUCCACGAUUCAGGCAAAAGUGAUGGUGCUGCUGGCGCCCAACGUCUGCUUGCAUCGACCCGGCGGUUCUCAGGGAUAAAGAUUUUGGACCCACAGCGGGAUGACGGAGUCGUCACAUUUGCGAUCCAGUUGAGGGCCGAAGAAGCAGACGUCGGGGAGCAUGUGGUGGCCUCCAUCUCCAAGGAUUUGAUGGCCGGGGAUCGGUUGCGGUUCAGAGUGUUGGUUCUUGUUUGGGUGCGGCUGGAACUGGAAUUCAAUGGUGACCGGUAUUAUCUAGCGCGGAUUAGUUGCGAUCCGUUCUGGAUCGAGUCCUCGAGUAUUGCAGGGAGAGAAUCUAAUCGGAAGGAAAAAUGUCGUGUCCAAGUGAUUUUACAAAGCAAGUCGAGUUCUUUGGAGGAAAACUGGACACAACACAUAGUAUGACAAAAUAAUCUAUCUAGCGCAAAGAUUCUACAAAGCAAGCCAAGUUCCUUGGAUGAAAAUUGAACAAACACCAACAUGACAGUAUAAAUCAUGGGAAGUGAGGUCAAUGAUUAGGGUUGGAAGGCUGUUGUUUUCUUACAUGUUUUGUGAACUUCCUGGAACUAUAACUUUUUAUAUGUAACUAGCCUUUUGUUUUAAUCAACGAAUUGCAA